AUGCUUCUCGGCCCGGGACACCCGCUGUCAGCUCCAGCCCUGACCCUGGCUCUUACCUUGGCCCUGUUGGUUAGAUCUGCGUCUCCCGCCUCCUUCUUUGGGGAAAACCACCUGGAAGUGCCCGUGCCCACAGCCCUGACCAGAGUAGACUUGCUGCUCCAGUUCUCCACAUCUCAGCCCGAUGCCCUGCUUCUCUUGGCAGCAGGCCAAGCUGACCAUCUCCUGCUCCAGCUCUACUCCGGAUGCCUACAGGUCAGACUUGUUCUGGACCAAAAGGAGAUGAAGCUGCAGACCCCAACAGACAUAGUGCUGAGUGAUUCUGCCCUCCACACCAUAGUGUUUACUGUGUCCGACAGCUUGGCUGUGCUGUCUGUUGAUGGGAUUCUAAACACCUCGGCCCCAAUCCCAAAAGCCAACCUGGAGGUCACCUAUGGGCUCUUUGUGGGGGGCUCUGGAAGCCUUGAAUUGCCUUACCUGAAGGGAAUCAGCCGACCCCUGAGGGGCUGCCUCCACUCCGCCACUCUCAGUGGCCGCAACCUUCUCCGUCCACUGACGCCCGACGUUCGUGAAGGUUGUGCUGAAGAGUUCUCUGCUGGUGACGACGUGGGCCUGGGCUUCUCUGGACCCCGCUCGCUGGCUACCUUCUCUGCCUGGAGCACCCAGAAGGAAGGCACACUGGAGUUCACUCUUACCACGCGGAGUCAGCAGGCUCCCUUGGCCUUCCAAGCAGGGGACCAACGUGGCAACUUUAUCUACGUGGACAUAUUCGAGGGCCACUUGCGGGCUGUGGUUGAAAUGGGUCAAGGCACCAUGCUGCUUCGUAACAGCGUGCCUGUGGCCGAUGGGCAGCCCCACGAGGUCAGCGUACACAUAGAUGCUCACCGGCUGGAGAUCUCUGUGGACCAGUACCCUACACGCACUUUCAACCGCGGGGUCCUCAGCUACCUGGAACCACGUGGCGGUCUACUCCUUGGGGGGCUGGACGCAGAGGCCUCUCGCCACCUCCAAGAACGCCGUCUGGGCCUGACACCAGGAGCUGUCAAUAUCUCCCUGGUAGGCUGCAUAGAAGACUUCAGUAUUAACGGCAGAAGGCAGGGCCUCCGGGAUGCCUGGUUGACCCGUGACAUGGCAGCAGGCUGCAGGCUUGAGGAAGAUGAAUACGAGGAAGAAGCCUACGGCCCAUAUGGAACUUUCUCCACCCUGGCACCGGAAGCCUGGCCAGCCAUGGAACUGCCAGAGCCAUGCAUCCCCGAGCCAGGACUGCCUCCUGUCUUUGCCAACUUCACCCAGCUGCUUACCAUUAGCCCACUGGUGGUGGCCGAGGGUGGCACAGCCUGGCUUGAGUGGAGGCACGUGCAGCCCACGCUGGACCUGACAGAGGCAGAGCUUCGCAAGUCCCAGGUGCUGUUCAGCGUGAGCCAGAACGCACGCCAUGGGGAGCUGGAGCUCGACAUCCCAGGAGCCCAAACCCGGAAGAUGUUCACCCUGUUGGAUGUGGUGAACCGUAAGGUCCGCUUUGUUCAUGAUGGCUCUGAGGACACCUCUGACCAGCUGAUGCUAGAGGUGUCAGUGACCGCUCGAGCCCCUGUCCCCUCCUGCCUUCGAAGAGGCCAGAUUUACAUUCUACCCAUCCAGGUGAACCCUGUCAAUGACCCACCCCGCGUCAUCUUCCCGCACGGCAGCCUCAUGGUGAUCCUGGAACACACACAGAAACCUCUGGGACCUGAGAUUUUCCAAGCCUAUGAUCCAGACUCUGCCUGCGAGGGUAUCACCAUCCAGCUCCUUGGUGUCUCCACUGGUGUCCCUGUGGAACACCGGGACCAGCCUGGAGAGGCAGCAACUGAGUUUUCCUGUCGGGAACUGGAGGCAGGCAACAUAGUCUACGUCCACCGGGGCGGACCUGCCCAGGACCUGACGUUCCGGCUCAGUGAUGGGAUGCAGGCCAGUGCUCCAGCUACGCUGAAGGUAGUGGCUGUCCGGCCGGCCAUACAGAUCCUCCACAACACGGGGCUGCGCCUAGCCCAGGGCUCCACUGCAACCAUCUUGCCUGCCAAUCUGUCCGUAGAAACAAAUGCAGUGGGACAGGAUGUGAGCGUGCUGUUCCGAGUCACUGGCACCCUGCAGUUCGGGGAGCUGCAGAAGCAGGGGGCAGGAGGGGUGGAGGGCACCGAGUGGUGGGACACACUGGCGUUCCACCAGCGCGAUGUGGAACAAGGCCGAGUGCGGUACCUGAGCACUGACCCACAACACCACACCCAAGACACGGUGGAGGCGCUGACCUUGGAGGUACAGGUGGGCCAGGAGACCCUGAGCAACCUGUCUUUCCCCGUGACCAUCCAGAGGGCUACGAUAUGGAUGCUGCGGCUUGAGCCUCUGCAUACCCAGAACCCUCAUCAGGAAACCCUCACCCUAGCCCACCUCGAGGCUUCCCUGGAGGGGGAGGCAGGCCCGUACCCUCACACCUUCCGCUACGAGUUGGUUCAGGCCCCCCGGAAAGGCAACCUGCAGCUCCAGGGUACAAGGCUAUCAGAUGGCCAGAGCUUUAGCCAGAGUGACCUGCAGGCCGGUCGCGUGACCUACAGGGCCACCAUGCGGACCUCUGAGGCAGCUGAUGACUCUUUCCGUUUCCGCGUGACGUCCCCACCGCAUUUCUCCCCACUCUAUACUUUCCCCAUCCACAUUGGUGGUGACCCAAAUGCUCCUGUUCUCACUAACGUCCUCCUCGUGGUACCCGAGGGAGGGGAGGGAGUCCUGUCUGCUAACCACCUCUUUGUCAAGAGUCUCAACAGUGCCAACUAUCUCUAUGAGGUUAUGGAGCAGCCCCACCACGGCAGGCUGGCUUGGAAGGAACCAAAGGACAAGGCCACCCCAGUGACCUCCUUCACUAAUGAGGACCUGCUGCAUGGCCAGCUGGUCUACCAGCACGAUGACUCUGAGACCACAGAGGAUGACAUCCCAUUUGUGGCCACACGCCAGGGCGAGGGCAGUGGUGACAUGGCCUGGGAGGAGGUGCGCGGUGUCUUCCGAGUGGCCAUCCAGCCCGUGAAUGACCAUGCCCCCGUGCAGACCGUCAGCCGUGUCUUCCAUGUGGCCCGGGGUGGACAGCGGCUGCUGACCACAGACGACGUGGCUUUCAGUGAUGCUGACUCGGGUUUCACUGAUGCUCAGCUGGUGCUGACCCGCAAGGACCUCCUCUUUGGCAGCAUCGUGGCUAUGGAGGAACCCACGCGGCCCAUCUACCGCUUUACCCAGGAGGAUCUCAGGAAAAAGCAAGUCUUGUUCGUGCAUUCAGGGGCUGACCACGGCUGGCUCCAGCUGCAGGUGUCUGAUGGGCAACACCAAACCACUGCCAUGCUGGAGGUGCAGGCCUCAGAGCCCUAUCUUCACGUAGCCAACAAUUCGAGUCUUGUGGUUCCUCAAGGAGGCCAGGGCACCAUUGACACAGCUGUGCUCCACCUGGACACCAACCUGGACAUUCGAAGUGGAAAUGAAGUUCACUACCACGUAACAGCUGGCCCUCACUGGGGACAGCUGCUCCGGGAUGGCCAGUCAGUCACCUCCUUCACCCAACGGGACCUGCUGGAUGGAGCCAUUCUCUACAGUCACAAUGGCAGCCUCAACCCCCACGACUCCCUGGCCCUCUCUGUAGCAGCCGGGCCAGUGCACACCGACACUAUCCUGCAAGUGACCAUUGCCCUGGAGGGCCCCCUGGCCCCACUACAGCUGGUCCAACACAAAAAGAUCUACGUCUUCCAGGGGGAAGCAGCUGAGAUCAGAAGGGACCAGCUAGAGGUAGCCCAGGAGGCAGUGCUGCCUGCGGACAUCAUGUUCUCGCUGAGGAGCCCCCCGAGCGCCGGCUACCUGGUGAUGGUGUCCCACGGUGCUUCAGCGGACGAGCCGCCCAGCCUGGACCCUGUGCAGAGCUUCUCCCAGGAGGCAGUGAAUUCAGGCAGGGUUCUCUACCUGCACUCUCGUCCUGGAGCCUGGAGUGAUUCCUUCUCCCUGGAUGUGACCUCGGGCCUGGGUGACCCUCUUGAGGGCAUCUUUGUGGAGCUGGAGGUGCUGCCCACAGUCAUCCCCCUGGAAGGGCAAAACUUCAGCAUUCCUGAAGGUGGCACUCGUACCCUGGCCCCUCCACUGCUCCAAAUCACCGGGCCUUACUUCCCCACACUGCCAGGCCUCCUCCUACAGGUGCUAGAACCACCCCUGCACGGGGCCCUGCAGAAGGAGGACCAACCUCGAGACAGGAGCCUCAGUACCUUCUCCUGGAGAGAGGUGGAAGAGCAGCUGAUCCGCUAUGUGCAUGAUGGAAGUGAGACACCAACAGACAGCUUUGUCCUGGUGGCUAAUGCAUCGGAGAUGGAUCGCCAGAGCCAGCCCAUGGCCUUCACCGUCACCAUCCUGCCUGUUAAUGACCAACCACCUGUUCUCAGCACAAACACAGGCCUGCAGAUCUGGGAGGGGGCCACUGUGCCCAUCCCUCCUGAGGCCCUAAGGGGCACAGACAAUGACUCAGGGCCAGAAGAUCUGGUCUACACCAUCCAGCAACCCAGCAAUGGACGGAUAGCGCUGAGGGCGGCUCCAGACACAGAGGUCCGCCACUUCACACAGGCCCAGCUGGACAAUGGACUUGUGCUGUUCUCACACAGAGGAGCCCUGGAAGGCGGCUUCCACUUCGACCUCUCUGAUGGUGCACACACUUCACCUGGACAUUUCUUCCGAGUGGUGGCCCAGAAGCAAGUGCUUCUCUCCUUGGAGGGCAGCCGGAAGUUAACUGUCUGUCCAGAGUCUGUGCAGCCCCUCAGCAGCCAGAACCUGAGAGCCAGCUCCAGCACAGGCACUGACCCCCGGCACCUGCUCUACCGGGUGGUCAGAGGCCCCCAGCUUGGCCGACUGUUCCAUGCCCAACAAGGCAGUGCAGAGGAGGCCUUGGUGAACUUCACCCAGGCUGAGGUGAAUGCUGGGAAUAUUCUGUACGAGCAUGAGAUGUCUCCUGAGCCCUUCUGGGAAGCCCAUGACACCAUUGGUCUCCUGCUGUCCUCACCACCUGCCAGGGAUGUGGCUGCUACCCUUGCUGUGGUCAUGUCUUUCGAUGCUGCCUGUCCCCAGCGCCCCAGCCGCCUCUGGAGAAACAAAGGUCUCUGGGUCCCUGAGGGCCAGCGAGCCAAGAUCACCGUGGCUUCCCUCGAUGCCUCCAACCUCCUAGCGAGUGUCCCGGCAUCUCAGCGCUCUCGGCAUGAUGUGCUCUUCCAGGUCACACAGUUCCCCACCCGGGGCCAGCUGUUGGUGUCUGAGGGGCCACUCCACGCCAGGAGGCCCCACUUCCUGCAAUCUGAACUGGCUGCAGGACAGCUGGUAUACGCCCAUGGUGGUGGGGGCACCCAGCAGGAUGGCUUCCGCUUCCGCGCCCAUCUCCAGGGGCCAACAGGAGCUUCCGUGUCAGGACCCCAAACCUCUGAGGCCUUUGCCAUCACUGUGCGGGAUGUGAAUGAGCGGCCCCCUCAGCCACAGGCCUCCAUUCCACUCCGGGUCACCAGGGGCUCACGAGCCCCUGUCUCUCGAGCUCAGCUGAGUGUAGUAGACCCAGACUCGGCUCCAGGGGAGAUUGAGUAUGAAGUACAGCGGGCACCCCACAAUGGCUUCCUGAGCCUGGCUGGGGACAACGCUGGGCCCGUGACCCACUUCACACAGGCUGAUGUGGAUGCAGGGCGGCUGGCCUUUGUGGCAAAUGGAAGCAGUGUGACUGGCGUUUUCCAGCUGAGCAUGUCUGAUGGAGCCAGCCCCCCGAUACCCAUGUCCCUAGCUGUGGACGUCUUGCCGUCCACCAUUGAGGUGCAGCUGCGAGCACCCCUGGAGGUGCCCCAAGCUUUAGGGCGCUCUUCACUGAGCCGACAGCAGCUCCAGGUGAUUUCAGAUCGCGAGGAGCCGGACGUAGCAUAUCGCCUCACUCAGGGGCCCCUGUAUGGGCAGCUACUAGUGGGUGGGCAGCCUGCCUCUGCCUUCAGCCAGAUGCAGGUAGACCAGGGGGAAGUGGUCUUUGCUUUCACCAACUUCUCCUCCUCUCAGGAUCACUUCAAAGUCCUGGCUCUGGCUAGGGGUGUAAAUGCAUCAGCCACCGUGAAUGUCACAGUGCAGGCUCUGUUGCAUGUGUGGGCAGGUGGGCCAUGGCCUCAGGGUACCACCCUGCGCCUCGACCCCACUGUACUGGAUGCCAGUGAGCUGGCCAACCGCACAGGCAGUAUGCCCCACUUCCGGCUCCUGGCCGGACCCCGAUAUGGCCGUGUGGUUCGUGUGUCCCAAGCCCGCACAGAACCUAGGAGCAACCGUCUUGUGGAACAUUUCACUCAGCAGGACCUGGAAGAGGGAAGGCUGGGCCUAGAGGUAGGCAGGCCAGAGGGUAGAUCCAUGGGCCCAACGAGUGACAGUCUUACUUUGGAGCUGUGGGCAAGGGGUGUCCCACCCGCGGUGACUUUGUUGGACUUUGCCACCGAACCUUACCAUGCAGCCAAGGCCUACAGUGUGGCUCUGCUCAGUGUUCCCAAUGCUCCUCGGACAGAAACAGAGAAACCAGGAAGAAAUGCCCCCACUGGCCAGCCUGGCCCAGCAGCAUCCAGCCCAGUGCCCACUGUGGCCAGGAGCGGUUUCCUGAGCUUCCUAGAGGCCAACAUGUUCAGCGUCAUCAUCCCUGUGUGCCUGGUCCUCCUGCUCCUGGCCCUCAUCUUGCCUCUGCUCUUCUACCUCCGCAAGCGCAACAAGACAGGCAAGCAUGAUGUCCAGGUGUUGACCGCCAAACCCCGCAAUGGCCUCGCCGGGGACACAGAGACCUUUCGCAAGGUAGAGCCGGGCCAAGCCAUUCCACUCACCGCUGUGCCUGGCCAAGGGCCCCUGCCGGGAGGCCAGCCUGACCCAGAGCUACUGCAGUUUUGCCGGACACCCAAUCCUGCUCUCAGGAAUGGCCAGUACUGGGUGUGA